ACGGACCGAGUCGGCUCCUUACUAAUUCUCUUCGCGGCGUAACUUUUAUUUCUACACGGAAGUCAUCUUCGUCCGUGGUAAGAACCUCGAUAAAUGUAAAUGAUAAGGAAGAACUUUUCAGCGGAAAAUUGGCUAUAUCAAAUUUUUUCAUGCGAUGAUCUGCAUGAAUGGUAGCAGCAGUUCCGCGCGUUGUUUUAAAAAAAUCGUCUGCUAAGAUACAUAGAAUCACAUCCUCAAGCGUAUUAUUUACUCGAACAGGUUUCCUUUCCAACUCGCAGAGGAAUCAAUCCAAAUAAUACUUUUGUUAUACUGAAGAUCUAGUUGGUGGCGAAUUUUGUUGAUUCCAAUUUGCGACCGCUUCACCUCCGCGGCUAGCGGUUUUCUGUCGGCAGGGCUAAGUCGACAGUCGAUUCGUACAGCGGUGUGCUAUACUCGGUCGGAUUGUCAAAAGUAGUGUUUCUGUUGACAGAUCAUAGGGAAAAUCUAAAUUUGUAGGGGAUAUAGUGCAAUAAAACUCUCGACCAUUGCAGGAGACGUGCAACUGCGCUGAUUGAAGCGUGGUGUUCCAGUUAAGGGUGGCAAUCGUGCGCUUUAAUAUUUUGAAUGGAGAUAUUUUGUCGUGCACCGUGAAUGUCAGAAUGGACAAUUUGGUCGGUGGACGAGUGCCCUUGGCACGUUUUAUCAGCACUUACCGGGACCCAGUGGCUGUUAUCACUCGAUGUACGUGAUAAUGAUAACGAUGAAUGUUCUCCAUAGCUAUUGAAAAAGGGAACGCGUGAUGCAAACCACCUCAUCCCAGAACUUUGGAGAUGGCGCUCGACGAUCUGGUAUCUACAGUAGAGACCUUCAAGUGGCGUGCACCUCUUAGUGAUGGAAGGGUAUGGCCGUUUGGAAUUAUCUACGUACUUUGGGCAGGCGUUCUUGGUCCUGGAUCAGAGUAUGGUCUUCUUGCUCUGCCAGCCAUCUUUGUCAUACAGGCUUUGGUAUGGCUAGCAGUGCACUGGUCUGUAAGCUUUCGGCGAGCUUUGUGUUGUUCGCGCGCACGUCCAGCUGCAGCCGAUACGUGUCUUGUUCGUCCAACUGAAAAUAAUGGUAGCGCAGAGUUCGUACCACUUUGCAGAGAUCGUCAGAAUCGUUUCUUCAUCUUUCAGAAAACAAAAUAUAUUCUUAACGCGGAAUCAGAGCAGUUCGAGCCGUUACAAUAUCCCAUUGAAAAUGAGCUAUCGGCCUAUGUUAAUGCUAACGGAAUUGACGACGAGAGAGCUGGACAACUUCGAUCAUAUUUCGGUGCAAAUAUUCAAUCUAUUGAUGCACCGGAUUUCUGGCCUCUCUUUAUCGAAAGAGCAACAGCUCCUUUUUUUGUUUUUCAGGUGUUCUGCGUGGGUUUGUGGUGCUUAGAUGAAUACUGGUACUAUUCGCUGUUCACCCUGAUGAUGCUCGUCAUGUUUGAGUGUACACUUGUCCAGCAAACAAUGCGUAACUUGUCAGAAAUUCGACGAAUGGCCGACUAUACGUGUCCUCGACGAAUGCUAGUUUAUCGGAAUCGUCGCUGGAUACAUCUUUCUAGUCAAGAACUGGUUCCUGGUGACCUAAUUUCAGUAACGCGUUCUGACGAUGCGCUGCCCUGUGAUGUGCUGCUAUUGAGAGGAACUGCAGUCGUCGACGAAUCUUUACUUACUGGCGAGUCGAUUCCGCUCAUUAAGGAAGGUCUGGAUCAAUGUGACAAUCUCAGUCGGGUUCUAGAUCUGCAGACAGAUACGAAACUGCAUGUCCUAUCAGGCGGUACAAAAGUGUUGCAGCAUACGGGUCCUGGUAAGGUUGCCACAGGAAUAAAGCCAACCGACAGCGGGUGCCUGGGCUUCGUGCUACGAACGGGAUUUAGCACUUCUCAGGGCAAACUAUUGAGAACGAUCUUAUUUGGAGUUAAGCGGGUCACGGCAAACAAUAAGGAGACGUUUGCGUUCAUUUUGUUCUUGCUUGUGUUUGCAAUUGCCGCAGCUUCGUACGUAUGGACCAAAGGAAUACAAGACCCCAAUCGCAGCCGAUACAAACUAAUGCUAGAAUGCACAUUGAUCCUCACCUCAGUGAUCCCUCCAGAGCUGCCUAUCGAGCUUUCCCUAGCGGUGAACUCUUCUCUAUUAGCUCUGGCUAAACUGGGGAUCUUUUGCACGGAAGCGUUCAGGAUCCCAUUUGCCGGAAAAAUCAGUAUUUGUUGCUUCGACAAAACGGGUACACUUACCUCGGACAAACUGCAAAUUGACGGCGUGGCGCAGUUGGACGGGAAAGUUACCGCAGCCAAGAACUCGUCGGCGGAGGCAAUACGGGUAAUGGUGUCAUGCCACUCCCUUGUGCAAACUGAUUCUGGCCUGGUCGGCGAUCCAUUGGAAAAAGCUACGUUGGCUUCUAUUGAAUGGUCCGUCGGAAAAGGAGACGUUUGUACCCCAGACAAAGCUAAACAGCCCGGUGUCAAGAUCCAUCGGAGAUUCCACUUUAGCUCAGCGCUAGGAAGGAUGUCAGUGAUUUCGUCGAGCCUGAGGACAACAACUAUGGUAGAAUACGUAGCUACGGUAAAGGGUGCUCCUGAAGUAAUUCAGAAGAUGUUAAAAGAGGUGCCGAAAGGGUAUGAGAAAACACACCAAGAGUUGUCAUUUAACGGUGCUAGAGUGCUGGCCUUGGCUUACAGAGAGUUAGGCGCUCUCGAGAGUUCGGCCCUUCGUGAGAUGACCCGAGAUCAAGUAGAGUCGCAAUUACAGUUCUGCGGUUUUCUCGUUGUGAGCUGCCCGAUCAAAAAGGACUCCCUGCAGGCCAUCCGCCAGAUUCGUCACUCAUCGCAUCACGUUACAAUAAUCACUGGCGACGCACCGCUUACCGCAUGCCACAUCGCGCGUGAGCUCAACUUCGUGUCUCGGCCCUGUCUGGUUCUGGACCCAGAUGAGCGUCUAUGGAAAGCGCACAAUGAAAAUAACUUUCCACUUUCACCAAGGCUACCUCCGAACCACGACUUCUGUGUCACGGGUGACGGUCUUGAAAUGUUUGAGAAGGAGUGCGGCACAAAGGCGCUAGCGCACGUACGCGUCUUUGCUCGUGUACAGCCCAAACAAAAAGAAAUGAUUAUUACACGGCUAAAUGCUAUUGGAAUGGUGACAUCGAUGACAGGCGAUGGAACGAAUGAUAUGGGAGCUCUGAAACACGCUCAUGUCGGUGUCGCGCUACUUUCAGACGGGCCCUCGAAACCCAAGCCAGUGAAGCGUCGGCCACGACCCGAUCAGUUGCUGCAAAGGCUGCCACCUAGGGAACGUACGCGCGCAGCCUUGGAACAGAUGCUUAAGGACGAUUGUGCUGGCAGCGUUGCACUAAUUCAAGAUCAAGGGCGCACAAGCGAAAGUAGUUCCGACCCUGAACCGAGCGAGUUAGAACAGGACGAGGCCCUUGAGGUGGUCAAGUUGGGAGACGCAUCCAUUGCGGCUCCGUUUACAUACAAGGGGUCAUCUGUCGAAUGCCUAGCGCACAUCCUGAAGCAAGGUCGCUGCACGCUUGUCACAACACUUCAGAUGUUCAAAAUCCUUGCGCUCAACGCACUUGUACUUGCAUAUUCGCAGUCAGUUCUAUACCUUGACGGAAUCAAAUUAUCCGACGCACAAGCUACUCUUCAGGGUCUGCUAUUAGCGGCGUGCUUUUACUUAAUCUCCAGAUCAAAGCCUCAAGAGAAAUUAUCGCAAAAACGACCCCUUGCGAAUAUAUUUAACGCGUAUACUCUACUCACCGUGAUCCUCCAGUUUGCAGUCCACCUUUCCACUUUGAUCUACCUUACCGGACUCUACGAGGGACUGAAACCGAAGGAAUUUAGAGAAGAUUCAAAAUUCGAGCCAUCCCUGUUGAAUUCCACCGUUUAUAUUCUCUCUAUCGCCUUGCAAAUAUCCACAUUCGCGGUCAACUAUAGGGGCCAUCCAUUUAUGGAGAGUCUGUUUGAGAAUAAGCCAUUGCUAUAUGCGCUCCUAGUUCCCGCGCUAGUCGUUGUCGCCCUCGUUAAGAACCUGAUGCCUGAUGUGUCAAGUCAAUUGGAGCUCGUCGAAUUUCCACCGGACCAGGCUAACUUAAUUUUAGCCACGCUUGCUGCUGACUUAGUAGCUGCAUUUAUCAUCGACCGGGUGUUAGGGGCCUUGUUAGCUAGGGGCAAGCCAGUUCCGUUACCUAGGUUAUUGUGAGUUUGCUUAUGACCCUACAAAUGCGCCAUAUAUCGCUAGCACAUGGUAUUGAUAUACGGCACCGAAACCCAACCUGAUGUAGGGAUAAAUAUGAAUGUGUGAACCUUAUAAAGGAUACUGAUCUGUGAAUUAACGUUUAAUUUAUAGGACUUCCGAGAAAAGUAAGCGCAUGAAGUUGCUAAGUUGUUGUUUUAGUAAGCAUGCAGCAACCGGGUGUCCAUAAAUAUAUCAUAGUUGAAGAGUCAGUGUAAAUACAUGACAUGAAUAUAUUAUUAAAAUAAGUCAUUGAUAAGUUCUUAAGGAUCCCACCAGAACACAUAUAAAUAAAGGAAAAGAAGGAUAAGAUAACGCAAAUAGCUUGACCGCUUGUGGCUAAGCAUUUUUUAAAUAGUUACAUACAAAUGGUUUUCUAUUUCUUUUGGUUUAGCACUGCUUGGUUUUUGUGUCAAAUUUAAGUUAUCUAAAAUUAUAGAUUAACAUUAAUAACACAAUACCAGUAAAGGCCUAAGUGAGUCAAGGUGUGCCGCAUACAGCCAGAACAGUGCAAAAUAGUUUCAAGAUCUACUCUUGAUUACUAAAGUCCAAAGUUUCCAAUAGAAUAAAAUAAUUGUAUGAUAUUGGCUCUACAUGUCAAAGCUAAGACCCCAGGUUGUAAAAAAACUGAGGCCUGGGCGAAGUAAAUUCUUUGAGCCACUUGGUUCAUAAUUUCGACAGACGCCUAACCUUGAUAUUUUUUCAGAGGACUGCUUAGGUAGACACCGCUGUCAUUUUUUAUUAUAUUAUAAUGUCAAUUGGAUGGUUAGUCCAAUGUCGAUGUCACUUUGUAAUGUUGAAUAAAUAGAGCAACUUACAAAGUAUUAGGAACAUAAAGUCAGAAUCAAUCACAUCAUGAUCUAAUCAUUUGUUAGACUCAUCGCGUCGGUGUAUAUAGACAAAUAUACUUUGUUCUUGUGCAUAAUUUUAAAGCAGGAAGGGACUAAAUAUGCGGAUAGGAAGUCCAAAAACUAGACAUAAAUGGACGAGAGUAGAUUUAUCAAAAAUUAAGUUUAAUGUUAUAGAAAGAAACUGUUUUGUUACUUAUUCAAAUGUAGCCAGCGCAUUCGGAACUUCGAUUACGUUUAUACUUCUAUUUUUUUUACCUUUUUGAGACACAUCUCUAACGGAUCACUUGCUUUAUGAGCAUUUGCAUGUUCACGAACCGGUUUUGCUUCAUUUUUAAUAGAUAUCUGUGAAUAAAGAAAAAUCGAACGUAAUAUGUGCAACUUCAUAUGAAAAUAAGUGAAAAGAAGAACAGAGGCAAUUAGCGAUCGCUGUUGAUAUUUUUUGUCAGAACCGAACUGAUAUCCAAAGUGCGAAUGGAGUCAGUAAAUCAUAGUGGAUUCUAAAAAGACGCGAGAAUAGUAGAAAUAUUCAAUUCAGAUUAUAAAGUUAUUUUUUCACUGAGUGAACUAAGUAAAAUGUAUAAUAAAUUAUCUAAGGUAUCGAAUUGGUACAAUAAAAUCAGCCAAGUGGAUUUACUCCUUUUUACCUAAUUUUGAAUAAUCAAGUAUCAUAAGGUAAUAACAAAAUGGUCUAGUUUAUGAUAAGUAGAUUAUAUAUAGGUCGGUCUGGCCAAUGAAGCUUUAAGGGAAAAGGUUUAAAGUAAUAUAAUAGCCGAAAAGCCUCAGUCCUC